AUAAUGUCUGAACUACUAUCCAAGAAGUUGAAAGUUGCUUUAAUCCAAAUCACUGCUGGCAGUGACAAACAAGCCAAUUUAGCUCAUGCAAAAGAGUUCAUUUUGAAAGCUUUAGAGAAGGAUUCAUCAAUUGACUUGGUUAUUUUGCCUGAAUGUUUUAACUCUCCAUACUCUGUCACAGAAUUCUCAAAAUAUGCUGAAAAGAUUCCAGAUGGUGAAAGUACUCAAUUUCUAUCCAAGUUAGCUAAAGAUCAAAAAAUUCUGAUUGUUGGUGGUUCCAUUCCCGAAUUAGGAGAUGAUGGAAAGAUUUAUAACACAUCAAUCACUUUCAAUCGUCAAGGUGAAAUUAUUGGUAAACAUAGAAAAGUUCACUUAUUUGAUAUUGACAUUCCAAAUGGUAUAACUUUCAAAGAGAGUAUAACUCUAACUGGUGGUGACAAGGCAACAACUAUUGAACUACCGGAAUUUGGUAAUAUUGGUGAAGGAAUUUGUUAUGACAUCAGAUUCCCUGAGCUAGCAACAGUAGCAGCCCGUGAAAAAAAUGCGUUUGCAAUGGUUUAUCCUGGUGCUUUCAACACUGUCACUGGUCCUUUACACUGGCAUUUAUUGGCAAGAUCUAGAGCUAUUGAUAACCAAAUUUUUGUUGUGUUGGUUAGUCCAUCUAGAAACUUGAAUCUAGGAUAUCACGCUUAUGGACAUUCAUUAAUUGUUGAUCCUAAUGGUAACAUUAUUGCUGAAGCUGGUGAAGAUGAAGAAAUUGUUAUUGCGGAGUUGGACCCUGAGCUUCUUAAAAAGACUAGAGCUGGUAUUCCAAUUACUACUCAAAGAAGAUUCGAUAUCUAUGGUGAUUACACAAAGAAGGUUGAACCAAGAGCUAUAUAA